UACCAGCCAGGCAGCCAAUUUCACGAACAAAAAAGCGGUGCCGUUUUUAUCAUUUUUCAGCACCAAACCGUCACCGUUUCGUUUUCUUUCUCCAACCUUAUAAUCUUCACAUUUUUAUUGCUUUGUCCUUUCAUUUCCCAGACUGUGGAGGGUUUUUUGUGUUGUUCUUCUUUCAACAAAAUGGGUAUCAAAAAUGCCCAAACAACCGUCCCUGACCUAAUUUCUCCAUUAAAAUCAGCGUUCCAAGAUUCUUGUUUCUCCGAAGUAGAAGAAAUUUUAGUGUCAAGAGAAGCCAAAAUGAAGCAAGAAAUUGAAACGUUGAAACAAGAGAAGAAUUUGGCCGAACUCAAAUUUCAGGGGGAAAGAUUAGAUAAAAUAGAUAUCAAGCGAAGCUAUUCAAAACUUCAAGAGGAAGUUUCUCUUCUAAAAGAAGAGAAACUGAAGAGUAUUAAGCUAAUCAAUGAGCUUAAUACUAAAAACUGUGAGUUAGUAUGCGAUAAAUUGAGGGCGGAAAAUCAGGUGGAGGUCAUUACAAGGAAAUUUGAUGAAUUGGAAGCUAGGGUUUCCAUAUUAGAGAAAGAUAUGGAGAUUCUGAUGAAGGCUGAGCCUGCUAUGCAACAAAAUGUUAACAAUAUCAGAACUGAGGCUAACGAAAUACAUGUUGCUGUGGCUGAUGUGAAAAUCGAGAAGGGUGACGAGAGUGAUCAUCUGGAGAUAAAGAAAGACUCCAGCUUUCAUGGAACAGGUAGUGAAAGAUCUUUAUCUAAAAACAUUGUGGAGAUUUCGGAUAGUGACAACGAUGACUCUCCGCAUAAUGUUUCGAAUGCAAGAGCUAGGGCUUCCCCAAAAGACUUGGAAGAUGAAGCUCCUAGGGUGCUUAAAAGAAAACGGGAUUCAUCUAUUGACACUGGUGAAAAUGACAUCAGAGAUACUGAUAAUGCCGAACUGCUCACUGUGCCUAAUAAAUCUCCUGUCAAGCAUGGUUCAGCAGCAUCUAUGUCUCUUGGGACUAGCAAUGUUGGAAAAGAAUUUACGCCAGUGAAGAUAGCUACUUUGCCUCAAUCGAAAGAGAAAGUUGGGACAAGUAUUUGUCUCAACAGUUCUAUGUCCGAAUCAAGUUCGAGCUCCUCCGAUUCAGACGAUGACGUGGAUCUCUCAGUGGUCUUGCCAAUUAAAUUUUUCCAACCUGGAUUUGCUAAUAGAGAUCAUAAUAGGUGGGAGUCUCAAGCUAAUAUGCUAAUUGCAUUUGAGAGAGAUGAAGAGCUUUGCAUGAAGGCUGUAUGUGCUUUGUACAGACAACAAAACUCAGUGAACAUAUUCAUGUCUAGCUCUUCAGCUUCUCCAAAUAAAGGUUUUAAAAGCUCCGCCACAAUCAGGGGCACUACCUUGGCCAAGUUUCUCAUGGAUGGUGAUCCAGCAGGGAAACUAAAGAAAUCAAAAGAAGAGUUGAUAGCUUUUGACAAAAAGGGUCUUGAUGACUGCAAGAAGCUUGCUAUUGAACACUCUAGUCAGUUGUUCGAAAUAUACCAGAAGCACGAAGAUCCUCUGUUCUUGAAUUGAAAAGUAGUAAUGUGGUUGAUAGAAGCUUAGUCCUAACUUAGAUUUGUUAAUCCAAGCAUCUCAGUGGAUUGAUUUUUUUGGAUUUUGACUUGUGAUGGUGCUGAAUAGCAUUCACCUGAUAGGUUUACUGUAGAUAGUUGCUACAUUACAUCAUAGGAAUUUUGCUGUUUCUAUUAUUAAUAUAGAUACAAGCUCUUAAGCUUCCAUUAGAAGCAUGGUUGGGGAGCUAGCUCUUAUGUAGAGGAGGGAUGAAUCAUCUGCUGUAGUUAUAUGGGACUUUGAAAUAUCAAAUAUUAUUUACUCUUUACCACA